GCGGGUUCCGAUUUUUGUCACAGUGCAGUUGCACUUUCGGUUCGAAGCUACCUAGAGCAGUGCCAUAGAAUAGCCAGGGCAAAGGGCAAGUAUAACUUUCAUGGCGUUCCAGUGCGGCCAAUGGAAAUCGCUAUUAGUUUGUUCUAGGCAGGCGUCCACGUAACCAAGGCUAGGCGAUUGCGCAUUGCGAUUUUCUGCUGCUGCUUCUUGAACAAAUUCAACUUUCAAUAUGCACAGCUAGUAGGCAAGCUUCUUUUGCUUCUGGUCUAGUGCUCUAGUAGCUCUAGCUCUAGCUGUUCUCCCUUGUAGCUGUUUGAGUGGUAAAAAAAGCUUAUUAUUGCAUUGAAAAGCAAUUUGUUUAUGACUAAAAUGCCGACCACUCCACCCCAAAUAUCACCUGUUGAAGAACAGGAGAAAUUCCUUCAUGAUGCUUUGGGAGUGGUAAAGGCGCAAGCAUUUCAUAUGAAAAGAGCCUUGGAUAAAAACAAACUGAUGGAUGCACUUAAAAAUGCCAGUGCAAUGCUUGCAGAACUACGCACUUCGUUGUUAUCACCCAAAAGCUAUUACGAACUCUAUAUGGCAAUCACAGAUGAACUCCGCCAUCUAGAACUCUACCUAGUUGAUGAAUUUCAGAAAGGCAGAAAAGUACCAGAUCUGUAUGAAUUGGUCCAAUAUGCUGGUAAUAUUGUCCCAAGGCUUUAUUUAUUGAUAACUGUCGGCUUGGUUUACAUAAAAACCAAUACUUCUUUGAGGAGGGAUUUGUUAAAGGACUUAGUCGAAAUGUGCAGAGGAGUUCAACAUCCAUUAAGAGGUCUAUUCUUGCGUAAUUACCUAUUGCAAUGUACAAGAAAUGUAUUGCCUGAUUCAUCAGAAACUGAUGCUGAUUCCCCUGAGGGGACGGUGAAAGAUUCUGUAGAUUUUGUUUUAAUGAAUUUUGCUGAAAUGAAUAAAUUAUGGGUAAGAAUGCAACAUCAAGGACAUUCCAGAGAAAGACAGCACAGAGAAAGAGAAAGGGAGGAAUUAAGGAUUUUAGUUGGUACAAACUUGGUUAGGUUGAGCCAAUUGGAGUCAGUUACUUUGGAAAAGUAUCAAAAGUUGGUAUUACCUGGAAUUUUGGAACAAGUAGUCAGCUGCAGAGAUGCUAUAGCUCAAGAAUAUCUAAUGGAAUGUAUUAUUCAAGUGUUUCCAGAUGAGUUUCACAUUCAAACUCUAACUCCAUUUUUGAAGUCUUGCGCUGAAUUGGAGCAAGGGGUUAACGUAAAAAAUAUUGUAAUAAGUCUUAUGGAAAGACUUGCUGCUUUUAGUCAAAGAUCUGACAGUUUGGGUACCGAAGGAGCAAAUAUUCUUCAAGAAGUGCAACUGUUCGAAGUGUUUUCCGAUCAGGUUUCUUCUAUUAUUAGUAACCGGCAAUAUUUGCCUCCAGAAGAUAUGGUUGCCCUACAAGUGGCCCUCAUUAAUUUAGCACUGAAAUGUUAUCCGGAUAGGAUUGAAUAUAUUGACAAAGUGAUGUUGUCGAGUGUUGAGAUGUUCCAGCGGCUUGGUUUAGAACACCUGGAAUACCAUUCGUCAGUGGCUAAAGAAUUGCAAAAAUUAUUAAAAAUUCCUCUGGAUUCGUACAACAAUGUUUUAGUAGUUCUUAAACUGAAACAUUAUGCAGGUUUGAUGCAGCAUUUGGACUUCAACGGUCGCAAAUCUUUGAGCAUUUACAUCCUAACCAAUGCUCUAGAAAAUGAAACAAUUAUCCCAAGUCCAGAUGAAACAGAACAAGCUCUAACCUUACUCGGCACUUUGGUUUCUGAGAAAAAUGAAAAUCCAUUGGGCGAGGUGGAUUUGGAAGAACUAGCCGAAGAACAGUGUUUAUUGGCCAGAUUUAUUCAUCAGUUAAAGUCUAAUGUUGCUGAUGAACAGUAUCUUAUUUUAACUAUGGCAAGAAAGAUUCUUGGAACAGGAGGCCCCCUACGCAUUAAAUACACUCUUCCGCCAUUGAUUUUCCAAGCCUAUCAGCUGGCUCACAAGUACAAGAACCUUAAAGAGGAAAAUUGGGACAAAAAGUGCACAAAAAUAUUUCAAUUUUGUCAUCAGACUAUUACGGCUUUGGUGAAAGCUGAAUUAGCCGAGUUGCCUUUACGAUUAUUUUUACAAGGAGCCUUAGCUAUUGAUCAAAUAGGCUUUGAAAAUCACGAAACUGUCGCAUAUGAAUUUAUGUCACAAGCAUUUUCUUUGUAUGAAGAUGAAAUUUCUGAUUCUAAAGCCCAAUUAGCGGCUAUAACUUUAAUUGUAGGGACCUUGGAACAAAUUAGUUGCUUCUCGGAAGAAAAUUCAGAUCCUCUGAGAACUCAAUGUGCAUUAGCUGCAAGUAAGCUUUUGAAAAAACCAGAUCAGUGCAGAGGUGUGGCAACGUGCAGCCAUUUGUUCUGGAGCGGUAAAAGUUUGGCUAGUAAUAAAGAAGAAACUCAUGAUGGAAAAAGAGUGGUGGAGUGUCUCAAAAAAGGCCUAAGAAUUGCCAAACAAUGUAUGGACGUAAGCGUUCAAGUGCAACUUUUUGUAGAACUUCUAAACCAUUACAUUUACUUCUACGAAAAAGACAAUGAUCAAGUGAAUAUUGAGAUUUUAAAUCAAGUUAUCAAGAAAAUUAAGGAAGAACUCCCGAAUUUGGAAAGUUCAGAUGAAACUGAACAAAUAACUAAGCACUUUAAUAAUACUUUAGAACAUAUUAGAGUUCGUUUAGAUUCACCGGAAGAAGGAGCAGUCUAUAAGGGAAUUGAAAUUUAAUAAGUCGAAUAACUAUAUGUCAUUUAGUAUGGUAAGCCUAAUUCAGUGGUUAAAUACUUGAGGGUAAAAAAUUAGCUUAGAAACGAUUUUUAUUAUAACUUUAUUUCAAACAAUAUAUUCAAUAUACAAUUUUCCAUAGUGAAGGUUUUUUGCAUUUUUUCUUGUCCUUGCACAAUACAUUAAAAGUAACUUUGGUAGGAAAUCCUAGAAUUUCCCUCUCUUCUUGUAUUCUAAAUGAAAAAGUGCUUUCGCUAGUCCCAAUAAAAUAACGAGCAUAGGAACAUAUUAUUUGGUCUACAAUCGCUACACCACCCGCAGAAUAUUUCUUUUCUACAGUUUUGCUGGCUGUGUAUUUAUAGA